CUCCUCUCACUACUGCGAAUUCAAUCGAAGCCCCGAAAGAAACCGUCACUCAACUCGAAGGCAUAUGAACAUGGCCUCAAACGACCAAGCGGGUUCGAAUAAGGCGCCUGAGAGCACGAGUGAGCGACGGAGGUCUUCAGUAACCAAGCCACUCUUUGCGAACCUGGCUGCACACAAUCGGAACCCAGAGACUGCGGCGCGGCGCGCUAGUUUCGGGGAGCAGAAGGUCGGACAGCCUGGGAUCAUUGGGAAGAUGUGGAAUAAUUGGACGAAAGGGGAUGGAGGUAGCGCGGCGAAAUGAGGGUAGGAUGGAGGGGUUGGUAGUUGUGCUGGGAGGGCGAUGUGAUGGCGUCGCGGAGGAGUGUUCUUAGUUUUGUCAGGCGCCGAGUUAUGGAGUCCAUGAGGUGUUGCUUAGUUUCUUGAGGCUAUUAAGACUGCAAGGCCACGAAUUGGGUGAAAUUGUUGGAAAGAGUUACGAAUUCAACUAUGUGACUGCCUGUUUCUUAGACUCUGGGUGGAUGUAAUAAAGGGUCAGUAUGAUUAUUACGAUGAGGGUUGUGAAAACACUUUGGGAAUAUACUAGGU